AUGGAUCGAUUUGUGAUUCGAAAGAAACAAAGCGACAACCUAGAGAGAAAUAAUUCUGCAAAAACGAACCCCUCUCCUUUUGAUAAGCAUGUGACUGAUAAAAAUGUAAGUUUUUCCGUCGCGCCUUCAACUAGCUGUGAUGAAAUAAGUACUACCGGCAGUGAUUCAGAGAAGUCUAAGCCAUCUGCUGCCCCUGAAAAAUCUAACUGUAACAAAAACAAAAAUAAUAGUGCUUCUACUACCAGUGAUAAACAAGAUAUCGCUGCGAUUAUUUCUGAUGAGUUGGCGCACAAAAAUGAGCCCAUUAAACAGAUAAAACUUUCAAUUUACCCGAAGAAUAAUCAAGGAAGAAUGUUUCGAUCUGAAUGGUAUAGUACUUUUCCUUGGCUGGAAUAUUCACCCACCCUUGAUUCUGCCUUCUGCUAUGUUUGCCGUUUAUACGCUGUUUAUACUAAGGAGCUGGCUUUCGUAAAAACGGGUUACAAUAACUGGAAACAUGCAUGUGAUAAAACAAAAUCUGGAUUUCACAAGCAUGAAAGUUCAUCCACCCACAUUGAAGCUGUAGCCUUUAUGAAUGAGCAAAAAACAAGACGAGAAUUGAAUGUUUCUGUUGAAACUCUAGUGAAUGAUAGUGUGCUCGAAAAACGCAGGUAUUACGUGAAAAGUAUAAUCGAAGUUGUGCAAUUUUUGGUCGUGAAUGAGCUUGCUUUAAGGGGCAAUUAUAAUUUGGAUGAACAUGUGGAGCAGGGUUUAUUUGAAAACCUUUUUGAAUUCACUAUUAGAAAAUAUGAAAAACUUGCUGAAAUUUGUAAUUCCAGUGUCAUCCCUAAAAAUGCUACCUACAAAUCACCUGAAAUUCAGAACGAAAUAAUUCAAAUUAUGACCGAGGCUAUUCAAGAAGAUGUGGCAAAUGAAGUUAACACGUCGGACGUCCCAUUGUUUACAUUAUUGGAAGACGGUACUAAGGAUAAAAAUCGGCGUGAAAAUGUUGCCACUGCUCUGCGCUACGUGAAAGACAAACACGUUUACGAAUCAAUACUGUCUAUUGAGUCUACAGAAAAAUUAGACGCCGAAACAUUCACAAAUGUAACUUUAGAAACAUUGGAGAGGAAAAACGUUAAACCGGAAAACAUGUUGAGCCAGUGCUACGAUGGAGCUAGCGUUAUGAGUGGCUCAGAUGGAGGUGUUCAAGCUCUAAAUCAGAAAAAGUUGAAAAAAAUUAUUCCCUAUGUCCAUUGCUUUAAUCAUAAGUUGCAUCUCGUUGUUGUGAAAACCGCCGAAAACGUGGUAAUAGUUCGCAUAUUUUUUGGACAAACCAAUGAACUUUAUAACUUUUUGUCACGCUCAAGAAUAGCACCUCAUUAUAAAGGUAAAGCUUUAUCACGACUCCUCGACCAAAGAUGGUCUGGCCAUCUUCAUGAUUGCGAAGUCAUAUACAAUGAGUAUAACCAUAUUUUAGAGACUCUCGAUCUUAUUGCCGAUAGCAAAGAGUCUGAAUUUGAUGGAGAUGAAGUCACUUUGAGUAUUGGUUUGCGUAAGGUGAUGAGGCAAAAAGAUUUUGUGUUUUGCUUGCUUAUAAUGAGAAAUAUCUUGCGCACGUUUAAGCCAGCGGAUACAAGCUUUCAAGAGCGCCAAAUCACGUUACUGGACGCAUCAGAUCUGGUAAAUUCUAUCCUCGAAUCUUUAAAAAUUUCGAGAACCGACGAAGUUUUUGAUAUGACAGUUCGCGAGCUCUCUUGUUUCACUGAAAUACAAGAAAACGUGAGACUUCGUAGAAAGCGUAAAUUCAAUUCCCGACUUAAUGUCUACGCCACAUUCGAGACCGUAGGACACAAAGACCAAGAUUCAGAUGUCGGAUUUAAAAGUUACAAAGCCAUUUACAAUGAAAUCUACGAUCUUGUUACAGCUGAAAUCAACAGAAGGUUCGAAAACACCGACUUGCUGAAAGCGAUCAGUGCAGCGGAAAAUUUAGAAUAUGAAAAUUCGAAAUUAAAUUAUUUGAAGGAAUUCGGCAUUACCGUCCCGAGUAAAGAGGAAAUGAUGGUUGCGAAAAAUUUUCUGGAGAGAAGAAAUGUUCCAAAAGACAAAAUAUUUGACGAACUAUAUUCUCAAAGAUCUGCAUUCAAAGACUGUGACGCGAUGUUAGCUGGGGUUAGAACAUUUGCUUGCAGUACAGCAGUCUGUGAAUCAACUUUUUCGGCUCUUACGAGAAUCAACAGAGCUCAGAGACUAUCAAUGACACAUAAGCGGAUGGCAAAUUUGACUCACCUAGCUUUUGAGGCGAAAAGAACAAAGGCACUGGACUUAGACAGAAUUCUUAAGAAGUUUAACGCCUCAAAAAAUCGUCGCCUGCAGCUUUACUAG